AUAUUGUGGGCAGUGUUGUGGUCGAGCAAGAAGUGUUUUCGAACUUAGUAUCCAACAUUUUGAUUUGACGGUCUAAUCUUAUUACAAAGAUUGAAGUUGGCAACACAAAGAAGGCACAACCAAAGCUAAUGACUUCGACGUGUUUCAGAGAUUAAGGUUUCUUGCCGCGCAAGAAUACAGGGCAAUUUCCCUCGCCUCUUCAUUAUCACGUGACUCUCACGUGGUCAAACUCCCACCGCCUCUGAAGCAAAAACAUAACCAACUCUUUUUCCUUCCAUCUUCUUCCCCCUUGAAAUCUCUCAUUUUCUCGGCAGCAAGAAAAAACCUCAAGAUUCGUACGAACCGAACAAGAAAAGCCCAUUUUCCCGAGAAACUUUCUGAAAAGACUCCUAGAAACCGAACAAGAAAAGCCCAGCCGGUAGAAGGAGAAAGACAAGGAAGAGGAAGCACAAUUUCUCUUGCCAGAAAAUGGAACAAUCACGGAUCGAAGAGGAUAGAAAGAUCACAGAAGCAUACAAGCAUGCCAAAGAAUUCUUCACGGACCAUGACUACACCAAGGCAUUGGAGAUGGCCGAGAAGUCGAUUUCACUGUACGGAAAGAACAAAAACUCUGCAUAUCUGCACUGGCUACAAGGUUCUUGCUUCCAUGAACUAUCCAAGAAAACAAAGAACCCUUUUGCGAAAUGCGUCUUCUUGUUGAGUUCCAUCGAAUCGUUCUCCGUGUCCACUCUCCUACUUCCAGACUCUAUCAGGAUCAUUAGCUGCACUGCCCAUUCGCUGUAUGAUUUGGCUGAACAUCUCAACUCAGACGUGUAUUACAAGAAAACCGUGAAGAAAGCGAAACAAGCUCUGUCCAUUGUGGAACCUUGUGAGAUGCUCGAGGGCGCAGCGGCUUCACCUUACGGUACCCAAGACUCGGACCCUCGAGAAAUAGUUCAUUACUUGAAAGCGGAACUAGAAAUCUUGAUCAGACAUGCAGAAAGCAAGAUGAACUCUGGUGCCCCUAAGACCUUGUCUGAUUUCAGUACCGAGGUUGAGAAGACGAAGGGUUCCGGUUUCGAGUUGAGGAAGGAGGCGAAAAAACUUGAUGAAAUGAAACGAUUUUGGGCUGGAAUGAGUGUCAAAAGAAAGAGAGACUUUAUGGUAGUGAAUGUCGAGGAGCUUUUAAGCGUCGUUGAGAAAAGAUACGGCAGCGAGAGAAGAGGAGUUCUGGAAGUCGAUAUCGAAUAUGCGAAGGGAAAAUGGAAAUGGAGACUCUGGAAGUGCGGAAGUUGUUUCGAGGAAUUCCACCGUUUUUCGGAAUUCAGGAAGCAUAUCGAACGAAAACACACCGAGAAAUUCAGACAUUCCGAGGUUGUUACAGUCAAGAUAGUAGAUGAAAGCUGGUGCGAGAUGAUAUCACUCGAGGAAUGGGAGCCGGUGGAUAUAAAAGCGGCUGAAAUGAUAAGGGAUCGGCUUGAAGAGGGGGAACAUAUCGUUUUCGAGAAAGGAUGGUCGAAAGACUUUUUGUCCGCCGACAAAGAACGAAGAAAAAUCCUCAAGGAACUUGGUAACCUCCUCGAAUCUCUCGUCGUGAAUAAGCAGCUCUCUUGUAGCCUCAAGGACUGGUUAAUACAGUUCACAGUCGAUAAUCUCGAACUACCUGCUGAUCUCCAACGUUAUCUUUUCGCCUCGGGAUUGUUCGAAACUCCUCACUGCAUCAGCUUCUUAGAAUCUCAGCCACUUGCUUACAUCAACUGGUACUUUGAACGCAUCGGAACUGACAUUACCACGGGUUUAGUAUUCAAAGCAGUGGAUGGAUUCUGGAAGCAAAUCCGAGUGAAGGAAAGAAUCAACAUCGACACGAAAGCUUCCUGUCUGCUUCCAGACAAGAGACUGCUGAGAGGAGAAGUUAAUGUCUCAGAUGAUGAGGGGAUAAUAGAGGUCGGUGCUCCGAGCACACAUUAUUCUCGGGUAUCACCCGAAGGCGACGGGAUCGUAUCGUGGAUUCUUGAUUGCCCCCCGAUAGAUGCGGAUAUCGUGUUUCGGAGACCUAUAGGGCUACACAAUCAGGAUUUGUGGCUGGCGGUUUUGAGGAUUAUUCAGUGCAUGUGUAGGAAACUGGAAAAAAGAUACAGAAGAAGAAAGGAUAUGGUAGCUCGUUCCGAACUGUUGUGUGAGGUAAAAGAGUUAUGUACAGAGGAAGAUAGACGGCGAAGGAAUGUCCCGGAAGAUCAGUGGAAAACAUAUGCAUCGAUUCUUACAGCAAAGUGUUUCGAGUCUGAAGACGACGGAGAUUCCAGUAACACUAUAGAUUUAUUAUCCGUUGUAGUAGAUGCUCUUGAAGGAGCAAAAGUCCUGAGACUUGCAAAAUCGAGUCCCGAAGUCGAUCUGAAUUCUAUGUCUCGGCUCUCUGAUGUCGACGACGAUUCCAUAUCUACGACCUUAGAGAAUGAAAUGACGAGGCUCGGGUCUAAGUUCCGUUUGAUCGAUACGAAGAUUCUGGCGACAGAAAAUUCAAGAACCCGACUGCUAGAUGACUUGAAAAAGCUAUCCGUUAUCGACAUCCGUUCGGUUAUCCUUCCAUUUCUGAAGUUGUUUUUACGGGAAAGGUUGGAAGAUAUGAUGAAAAAGGAUUCCGAAGAGAGAUUGGCAGCCGCAGAAGCUUUUCUGCUAUUUUGUGAACGUUCUUCGAGUAGAAAAGAACAGAGGAAAAGUUCAUCGAGCAGUUCGGUUAACCGAAAGAAAGAAGUGCACAGGUAUGAAUCUCGAGAUCUUUCUGAGCAUAUGAAGACGGAGGGAGCGGAACAACUCGAACAUGCGGGCGGCAAUGGCAAGGGGGACAUAACCGAAGAUCCUUCCACCACAAAAGAUCAGCGGGAAGAUAUUCCAGUUGCAGAAGCUUCUACCAAUCUUUCGGAUGAAUCCCGAGAUCUUUCCAAGCUGACGAAAGUGGAGGAACAAGGACAACUCGAACGUGCGGGAAUCAAAGACAAGGAGGACACAACAGAAGAUCCUUUAAGCACAGAAGAGCAGAUGGAAGAUAUUCCAAACACAGCAACUUCUAGAAAUUUUUCGGAUGAAUCUAGUGAUCUAUCCGAGCUGAUGAAAGUGGAGGAAGAAGAACAACUCGAACAUGCGGGUGGCGAAGACAAAGCCAAUGCCGAAGACAAAGCCAACACCAUAGAAGAUCUGUGCCCUGACAAUGAACCUUCGAGCACAAGUGAGCAGCUGAAAGACAUCCAGAUGCAAAGUGUUACAGCUGCGCAAACUGAAGAAAAGCUAUCGGUUCCUGGAAGUGCAUCGGUGGAGCUCAAACAUGAUUUGCAGCUUAAUGAAGCUGAAUCAUCGGCACCAGAGCAAGAUAUUCCGGUAGCAUCAACUUAUAGAAAUCUUGUGGAUGAAUCUCGAGAUCUUUCCGAGCUGAUGAAAGCGGAGGAAGAAGAACAACUCGAACAUGCAGGUGGUGAAGACAAAGCCAACGUGAUAGAAGAUCCAAGUGAACAGCUGAACAGUUCAUCAGAACUUGGCAUCCAGAUGCAAACUGUCACAGCUGAGCAAACUGAAGAAAAGCUACCGGUUCCUGAAAGUGCAUCGGUGGAGCUGAAACAUGAUUUGCAGCUUAAUGAAGCGGAAUCAUCGGCACCCGAAAAAGAUGAUAUAACAUAUGAUUCGGCUCUGGAUAUGAUAGUGAAGUCCCUGUGGCACAUUGGCUUUCUGAGAACGGUGUUGCCCCGUUUCCGACCAUCAUUCAUAAACCAAACGGAAGACCAGGACAUCGUCUGUGCAUUGCAGGACCUGUUUUCCCUGUUUGAUGACCGGGAAAUAUAUGACGACGGAUCAUAUCAUCGGGUCCUAAGCAAUUUGCGUGUUGGGCUAAAAUUGACUCACCCCAUGGCAAAUGGAGCUACUGAGCUGCUAAUGGCCGUCCUUGAAUUUCUGCAUUACUGGAAAAACCGACAUAGGGAAAACCUAGUGACUUGUCUUUUCACACUGGAAGAAUUUGAAAGGAUGACUUGCAACAGAUGCAAACGACAGCCGAAUUAUCCAGAGCAAAGUUCUUAUGGGAUUAUAACAAAUGCCAACUCGAUCAGACAAUGGAAGUCUGAAUUCAGGGAUAUGACGUUUGAAGACAUCCUUAAGGUCAAUAGGAUGGGCUACCAGAUAUGCUGUGACAAAAGAACAGGAGGCUGUGGAAAACGGAAUAGCGUUCGUCAUGUUUUAACGAGAUAUCCGUCUAUAUUCAUCAUCGCACUGGAAUGGGAGAAGAAUGAAACUAAGAAAGAGAUAUCUGCAACGGCAAACGCUUUAGCUACAGAAAUAGAUAUCAGCCGUCUAUACGAAGGUGUAGACCGGUUCACUACAUACCGACUUGUAUCAAUGAUUGGUUGCAGUGGCGAGAGAGAUUACAGUUGCAUAGCUUGCCAUAACGAGAGAUGGGUCAGACAUGAUUCUUCAGUGAAAGAAGCUGUCGGAGAAUGGAGGAAUGUGGUGAAAUUCUGUAGAGAGAGGAAGCUCAGGCCAGAAGUUCUCUUCUUUGAGUCUGCUUUGUUGGCUGAGAAGCAAGACGCCCUUUAGAAUCUGUGUCAAGUAAAGAGAGAAACUUUAACUGCAUUCAUUAAAAAAAAAAAUAUCUGCUUGAUAAAAAAAAAAUGUGAACUUUCGGACAUGCAUAUUUACAUUCUUUAAAAGGGGCAUUAAAAAUGCUCAACUUUGAUA